ACAAUCGGCCAUUUCGUCUGUGCGGGCCAUCAGCUGUAGAGGGCAGCGGGGUAUUUAUCUGUACUGGUUAUUUGAAAGGCACAUCAAGAACAUGUCGAUGAAUGAGACAGCUAUUUCGUUCGCCAAGGAUUUCUUGGCCGGCGGCAUCUCUGCGGCCAUCUCCAAAACAGCGGUCGCCCCGAUCGAGAGAGUGAAACUUCUCCUUCAGGUCCAGCAUGCCAGCAAGCAGAUCACCGCUGAUAUGCAGUACAAGGGUAUCAUGGACUGUGUUGUCCGUAUCCCCAAGGAGCAAGGAUUCCUUUCCUUCUGGAGAGGUAACCUUGCCAAUGUCAUCAGAUAUUUCCCCACCCAAGCCCUCAACUUCGCCUUCAAGGACAAGUACAAGAAGGUCUUCCUUGAUGGCGUCGACAAGCGCACCCAGUUCUGGAGGUACUUCGCCGGUAACCUGGCCUCCGGUGGCGCCGCCGGAGCCACCUCUCUGUGUUUUGUCUACCCCCUCGACUUCGCCCGUACCCGUCUGGCCGCUGACGUGGGAAAGGCUGGAGCCACAAGAGAGUUCAAUGGUCUCGGAGACUGCCUGGUUAAGAUCUUCAGGUCUGAUGGUCUGAAGGGCUUGUACCAGGGCUUCAAUGUGUCUGUGCAGGGCAUCAUCAUCUACAGGGCUGCAUACUUCGGAAUCUAUGAUACAGCUAAGGGUAUGCUUCCAGACCCCAAGAAUACCAGCAUAUUGGUGAGCUGGAUGAUUGCACAGAGCGUCACAGCUGUUGCUGGUCUGACCUCAUAUCCCUUCGACACUGUCCGUAGACGUAUGAUGAUGCAGUCCGGACGCAAAGGAGCUGACAUCAUGUACAGCGGGACCAUUGACUGCUGGCGUAAGAUUGCACGCGAUGAGGGUGGCAAGGCUUUCUUCAAGGGAGCCUGGUCCAAUGUGCUCAGAGGCAUGGGCGGCGCCUUUGUGCUGGUGUUGUACGAUGAGCUGAAGAAAGUCAUCUAAGUCUUCAUAUGUCACAUCACUGUCCAAUUUGGCUAAAUGUAAUAACUUUCCAUUUCUAUGGACUCAACAUUCUGCCUUAUUUAUGGGAACAAACAUAGUGUCUCACCCCUAGCUGUGGGCGAUGGCUGUACGUUGUGCAUCUUUAUGAUUUUAAACGUUCCACACCCUCUUUACCAAUGUCAUUCCUGUUAAAGAAAUCGAUACCUCCUCCUGUCAUUCACUAGGUUUGUAUGGUCCCAACUCGAAUAAAUUUAUUCUGGGGAACAAAACUAAA